AACUCUCCUUGAUGAUGUUCACAAGAGCCCAUCAACAUCCCUCUUUCAACUUCCAAAAUCAUGCAUGAAACCAUGAAUAGAGUGUAUCUUUGCCUCUGCCAAAGGCAACUCAAAUCACCCACAUGAUCCUCUCUCUCUCUCUCUUUCUCUCUCUCAUAAAUUUCUAUUAGGGUUCCCGUCUGAAUCUCUAGCUCUCUGUCUCUCUCUAUCAGGUUCUGAUGUCUAACAAAAUACCGCUAAAACACGCUACAAAAGAUGAGACCCAAAGCUCGGGUGGUAGUGGCAGAAAAACAUCUUCGUUGAGGCCACCGGAACAAACCGUCAAGUGCCCAAGAUGCGAUUCAACAAAUACCAAGUUUUGCUAUUUCAACAACUAUAACCUUACGCAGCCCAGGCACUUUUGCAAGACAUGUAGAAGGUACUGGACCAAAGGUGGAGCCUUACGCAACAUCCCAAUAGGAGGAGGAUGCCGGAAAAACAAGAAGACGUCAAAGACUUCCACUUCAAAGUUUACCAUCGGAGAUUCAUCAUCGGAUAAUGGAGUGUUGAAGUUGUUGGAUCGUCAUUCACCGCCACUCAUGGAUUUUCAACUUGGAGGGAUAAACUUCCCUCCUAGGAUUAACCAAUUCUCUUCCUCAUAUGGAGACACAUCAUGUAAUCUACCUUUCAUGAACCUCGAUCCUUUAGGGGUUAAUUUCGGUUUGUCAACUAAUGUAACAAAGCAAGGAGAUCAUCAUCACAAUCAAAGUGGAGGAGCGACAGGAAAUUUUCAAGAAAUGGGUUUUACAUACACGAAUCUUCAUCAGAAUACCAAUCUUGCUUCUUCUAUAGAGUCUUUAAGUUCUUUAAACCAAGAUUUGCAUUGGAAGUUACAGCAACAGCGGUUGGCUAUGCUGUUCGGUGGUGAUGCUGGAGAAGAACAUGGUCAUCAGCAAAAAGAAACCGGCUUACAACCAAUCUUGUUUCAGAAUCUUGAAAUUUCAAAACCGAUAGCAUCCUCCAUGGGCGGUGAAUCAAGAAAAGUUGGUAGCAGCAGUGGCGACGGAGGCGUUGGUGCUAUGGCGACUGAGUGGUUCUUUGGCAACAGUUAUGCAUCGGGGAACGUGAAUCCAGCUUCCACAGAAAAUGAUCAAAAUGGAGACAUCAACACCUGGAAUAGGAUUCAAGCUUGGAAUCACAUGAAUCAGUACGCGGCACUUCCAUAACUUUAGUAGAGAAAUAUGCCAGGUUGAAUACGAAUCUAUAUGUUAUCAUGCAAGUAAUUUCGUUAAAGAUUGAAAUGGGAAGAUUGGAAAGAGAGAAUUAUUUAGGGUAGUCGAUCUACGUUUAAAUUGUAUUUUCUCGUAGAAGCGCUUCAAAGUUCUUGUUAGUCUAUCUAUUGUUAUUGUAAUUGUUUUAAUGAAAUGUUUUUAUCUUUCACCCAUGAAAUACACAGCAAGUAGCUACUUGUUUCAGAA